AUGUAUGAAGCAGGAGUGUUUGCUGCUUUGAAGGAACUGACACCUGCCAUCCUGCAGUCUGCAUCCAAGGUUUAUGGAGCAUCUUCAGGAUCAAUUAUAGCUACAUUAACACUGUGUGGCUGUGAUGCAGAUGAGUUGAAACAGUACUUCUUCAGCAAGGUAACCACUAGUUUCUGGGGGUUUGUACCUGGUGGAAGAAUGCUGAAAUUAUUAAAGAAUAUCUUAAACAAAAAACUGCCUCCAAACGCCCAUGAGCUGGUGUCUGGGAAGCUCCACAUCAUCCUCACCCGACUGUGGGACUGGAGGUGCACAGUGGUUUCAGAGUUUUCCUCCAAGGAGGAUCUGAUCCAGGCAGUGAUCUGCAGCUGCUUCAUCCCUUUGUAUUUUGGGUUGAUGCCUCCUCUGUACCGUGGGGUGCGUUAUGUUGAUGGGGAGCUGGCCAUGUGGCAGGCUGACUUUGUGUCCCAGAACACAAUCACCAUCUCUGCCUUUGCUGGUGAAUAUGACAUCUGUCCCAAGGAGGGCCCAGCUGCCUUCCUCAACUUCCAAAUCUCUGACUGCAUUUUGCUGAUCUCCAAAAGGAACCUCAGCCGCAUUAUGUGCCUUCUGCAGUUUCCCCCAAGCCAGGUAAGCUGCUCCUCUAGGUACCCAGAGCCAUGA